AUGGACAUUCAAGAUGAAACGCAUCUUCGCCUUCAUGUAAUCAUAGUCGGUUGCGGGGUCGGCGGCCUGUCUGCGGCGCAUUGUCUCUCUCAGGCUGGCCACUCUGUCACAGUCGUCGAAUCAGCCCACGCUUUCCGUGAAGUCGGUACUGGUAUACAAAUCUCACCUAACGCUUCGCGUCUGCUUGCACGUUGGGGGCUUGGUGAUAAGCUAGACGAACUCGGAGUGAAGCCAGAUGGAAUAAACCUUCUUCGCUACGAUGAUGGAAGGGUUAUUGGAUAUCGGUGCUUGGGCAACAUCAUUAGCCGGACAUAUGGAGCGCCGUAUUACAAUAUCCAUAGAGCAGACCUGCAUUCGAUGCUGUUAUCCCUUGUUGCCACAUCGCCACGCGUCACUAUACGGCUUUGCUCAACUGUCAAGAAGAUUGACCCGAUUCCAAACCCGAACGUAAACGUCACAUUGACGUCCGGCGAAGUUCUGGCAGGCGACAUGAUAGUCGGGGCAGAUGGCCUUAAAAGUCUAGUGAGGAGCAUUGUUUCUAAGAGUUUUGAUGCUCUUACCCCCGCGGGAGACGCUGCUUACAGAGCAACGAUCAAAGCCAAUGAUAUGCUCGCCGACACGGAGUUGAGUAACUUGAUCGAUGCUCGGGAGACGACUAUUUGGAUGGGUCCUAGGAGACAUGUCGUCGGUUACCCAAUCAAAGCGAAACAAGAAUACAAUGUCGUGAUGCUACAUCCAGACGAUGGAUCGGUGAAUUCAUGGACGGCCCAAGGCAACGUCGAGCAGAUGCGUGAUAGCUUCAAAGAUUUUGAGCCACGUGUCAGAAAGCUGCUCUCGUUGGUGAAUAACCCAAUGAAAUGGAGACUCAUGGACUGCAAGCCUCUAGAUUCCUGGGUUCAUCCUGACGGAAGAGUCGUUCUCCUUGGGGACUCGUGCCACCCUAUGCUGCCCUACAAGGCGCAAGGUGCGGCAGUAGCAUUAGAAGACUCCGCUGUUUUGGGCGCACUCUUGUCACGGCUUUCGGAUAUAUCUGAUCUUAGUCAGUCGCUCCGAACUUACGAGCAUCUGCGAAAAGGACGUGCGACCAAGAUUCAAAAAGACAGCAGAGAUAAUCAGUACAUUUUUCAUCUUCCUGAUGGUCCCGCACAACAAGCACGUGAUUUGAAAUUGCGAGCCGCGAUGGAGCUGGAGCUCAAUCUAAAACGCCAUGGGCAUGAUAGUUCGGGCCAAGAACGCAUCGCAAAGGGUUCUGGAUUCAAUGCAGACCAAUAUUCAUAUGAUGCGAACAAAGUGGUCGAGCAAUGGCGGGAAAUACACUCUGAAGUUGUACGGAAAGCAGUUUAG